GAGUCUGAAAUCCGUGACCGCGCACCCUCGCAGCAACCCCGAGAUGAUGGGCGGUGAGGAGCCACAGCUGGAGUCCGUGGCGGUCCCAGGGCCACCCCCAGAGGCCCCAGUGCCCGAGCCCGGCCUGGACCUGAGUCUGAGCCCGCUGCCCGAGAGCCCCAAGUUACGGGACGGCAGCCCGGGGCGGCACAAGGGGCGGACGGGCCGACGGUCCGGAGCCCAGAGAGGGCGGCAGGUCCGUUUUCGCCUGGCGCCCGCUCGGUCCCCGGUCCGGACCGAGCCGCCCUCCGCCGCGCCGCACGAGCUCGAGGUUCCCGCGCCGCAGAGCAGCCUGGCUUUGGGCCUAGAGCUGCAGGCAGCGCGCGUCGCAGCUUCGUUUGAUGCUGCGAGGGCCGUGGAGGAGCAGCUGCGAAAGUCGUUCCAGACCCGCUGCGGCCUGGAGGAGAGCGUGGCGGAGGGGCUGAACGUGCCGCGCUCCCGGCGGCUCUUCCGGAACCUGGUGAGCCUGCAGGUGCCGGAGGAGGAGGUCCUGAACGCCGCGCUGAGAGAAAGGCUGGCUCUGCUGCCGCCGCAGGCCCGAGCCCCGCCCCCGAAGGAGCCACCAGGGCCAGGGCCGGAUAUGACCAUGCUGUGCGACCCAGACUCACUCUGCUAUGAAUCUCCACACUUGACCCUGGACGGGCUGCCCCCUCUCCGCCUUCAAGCCCGGACCCGUCCCCCGGAGGACACCUUCCUCAUGCACAAGACCCUGAGGCGGUGGGAGGCUUAGGUCCCAAAGCUCCCUGGAUCGCUAAUUGUGUGUGUGUUUGUGAGAAUUUUUUGGGAAUAAAAUGGUUUUGCUAAUA